UUGUCUCUUAUGAAUAUAUAUAUAAAGGCCAAAGAAGACCAGGUUCCAAUGUCUUCUAAUUAACUAGUUCUAGGUUGUAGCAGUCUUAGUACUUCUUCUCUUAAUUAUUCUUCACCUGAAAUGAAGGAGAUUUCCAUGGUUUUUGUCUUCCUCUAGCUAGAGCAGAAUUCCUGAUUUUCAGUUCACCAAAAAAAACAAGCCCCCACUUCUAGUAGUUAGAGCACCAACAACAGGAAAGAAAGAGAGAAAGAAAGAAAGCAACAACAGAUUGUGUCUAGUAAAAGGACAAAAUAAUUGUAAUAAUAAUUAUCUCAAAAAUUUUCUCUUGGAUAAGAUCAUCAUCAUGUCAAAUAUCACAGGUGAGGAAGGCAGCUUCGCUUCAGGGAACAGUGGGGAAGAAGUUCAACAAGAGACUCAGCAAAAGCAGAUACAAAAUCAUCAAUUCCAUGGCUCCAAUUUAUCAGGAAUAUUACCGUCCGGUGCUAGUGACGGCAACAAUUCUUCUUCUCAUCCAACGCCGCAACAACAACAGCCGCCUAAGAAGAAAAGAAAUCUUCCGGGAACUCCAGAUCCAAAUGCUGAGGUGGUUGCCCUAUCACCAACAACACUAAUGGCAACAAACCGUUUUGUGUGUGAGAUAUGCAACAAAGGGUUCCAAAGGGACCAAAACCUUCAGUUGCAUAGAAGAGGACACAAUCUUCCAUGGAAGCUGAGGCAAAGAACGACGACGGAGACCAAGAAACGGGUCUACAUUUGCCCCGAACCGACCUGCGUACACCACAACCCGGCUCGGGCCUUGGGAGACCUAACAGGAAUCAAAAAGCAUUUCAGCCGAAAGCAUGGAGAGAAGAAGUGGAAAUGCGACAAGUGCUCCAAGAAAUAUGCAGUGCAAUCUGAUUGGAAGGCGCAUCAGAAGACCUGUGGCACUAGGGAGUACAAGUGCGAUUGUGGGACUAUUUUUUCCAGGCGAGACAGCUUUAUCACGCAUAGGGCCUUUUGCGAUGCGUUAGCAGAAGAAAACAACAAAGUAAACCAAGGACUAACAACAAACAACAACGUGGGACCAAAUGACUUGCAUGUUCAAAUGCCUGAUCAGCUCAUGCCAUCCAUGCCCAUGAUGAGUACUACUACUACCACCACAACCGAAUUCCUCAACAAUACUCCUACUACUUUUGACCCCAAAAGCCCACUCAAACCCGUCCAUCCCGGCCAAGAUCUCAUGCCCCUGCCGUUCAAGUCCAUGAUCAACAUGGCCGCCGCAGGCUCCGGCAUGUUCUCGAGCACCUCCCCCGUGCUUUUCGGUAGCCCGAAAAGCAUUUCCUCGGCUUCAUCAAACCUUCAACUAUGCUCCAGCAACUCUCCGGGCUUCACCAAUUACCUCCAAGACAGCAAAAACGGCUGCACCGGCCAGUCUCCGGGCUCGGCACACAUGUCCGCCACGGCCUUGCUUCAGAAAGCAGCCCAAAUGGGCGCCACCGCAAGCAGCAGCACCAUGAACUCGCCAAUGACGCAAAAGAGCUUUGUCAGCAGCAUGGCUGGACCUGAUCACCACCUCUCUGCGGGCAACGUGUAUGAUCAUCAGCGUCAUCAUCAAACAAAUCUUGUAGGGAUCAAUGGUCAUGGAUUUAGUAAUACUAGAAGCAGUACUAACACCACGACUACUCAACAAGAGAUGUCACAAAUGUUUGAUCCUAAUACUAGUGGUGGCUCUAUGGCGAAUCAUGAUCACAACCUUGGAAUAAAUAUGUAUGGUCAAAUAUUGAUGGGUAGUGGCGGUGGUUUGGAAUUACAAGAGGAAAAUGGUACUAAUAAUAAUAACAAUUCUAGUGUAGUACUGCAAGGAAAAGGUGGUCUGGAGAGGAGCCCAAGUACCGGGGCGUCGAGGUUCGGCCGCGGCGGCGGCGAUAGGAUAGUGGUGGAUUUCAUGGGGAUUGGAGAAUCAAGAGGAGCAAGCAGUUUGCAUGAACAACAAAGGUUGGAUCAGUUGGAAGCAAUGAGAUCCGUACAACAACAACAGCAAAGGUUGCCAAUCAUAAAUCAUAUUAAUCCAUUUCAUCAGCAUCAGCAGCAGCAACAGCUCUCACAUGGGGAUUCCAUCGAGAGUUGGACUAGGCCUUGAUAUUGUGAUUUGGUUGUGAUACUUGGGGGUAUAAUGGGACUGAAAAUUAUAUAGUUCAAAAUUUCCAGUUAACUGAAGUACAGAAGAAAAUAUGUUCCUGCAGGUUAUUCAAUUAUCAAAGUGCUUUAUCUCUUUGAAGCACGUCCUGCUUGGGGCUGGGGUAUUUACUUUGAACUUUCCCAAGUUACAUUUAAAUUCCACCCGCUAAGAACUUUCUAAUAAUCAAGAGAUGAUCAGUCAUAGUAAAAUCAUUUGCAAUGCAUUAUUGAACAAUACCUAGUGCAAGACGUUGGAGUACUUUUGUUGGAGAAUUUUGUAUGUAGAGGAAGAAAAGAAUGAAAAGAAAUCAGAAAUCAAGAUGGGUUUGA